GCACCGCGCGUCCGAGCCCGCAGCAUGGCAGCCGCCGCCUAUGUGGACCACUUUGCCGCCGAGUGCCUCGUGUCUAUGUCCAGCCGCGCAGUCGUGCACGAGCCGCGGGAAGGACCUGAUCCCCGGCCCGAGGGCGCGGCCGCCGCCGCCCCCACACUGCCCCGCGUUGACGAGCGCCGCGACGGCAAGGACAGCGCCUCGCUUUUCGUGGUGGCUCGGAUCCUAGCGGACCUCAACCAGCAGGCGCCGGCGCCCGCCCCCGCGGAACGCAGAGAAGGGGCCGCUGCGCGCAAGGCGAGGACCCCCUGCCGCCUGCCGCCCGCGCCCCCUGCGCCGCCGCCCGGCCCAGAGCCCGCCUCCCCGGGACAAGCAGGCGCGCCGGCCGCGCCCCCCAGCCCCGCGUGGAGCGAGCCCGAGGCAGCAUUGGAGCCAGAGCCGGGCCCCGCGGGAGGCGGCGAGCCUGGCCUCAGACAAAGGGGUCGGCGGGGCCGGAGCCGUUCGGACCUCGAGUCCCCGCAGAGGAAGCACAAGUGCCACUACGCGGGCUGCGAGAAAGUUUACGGGAAAUCUUCGCACCUCAAGGCGCACCUGAGAACUCACACAGGUGAGAGGCCUUUCGCCUGCAGCUGGCAGGAGUGCAACAAGAAGUUUGCGCGCUCGGACGAGCUGGCACGGCACUAUCGCACGCACACGGGCGAGAAGAAGUUCAGCUGCCCCAUCUGUGAGAAGCGCUUCAUGCGGAGCGACCACCUGACGAAGCACGCACGCCGCCACGCCAACUUCCACCCGGGCAUGCUGCAGCGGCGUGGCGGGGGCUCGAGGACCGGCUCGCUCAGCGACUACAGCCGCUCAGAUGCCAGCAGCCCCACCAUCAGCCCGGCCAGCUCACCCUGAGCACCCGCGCCCGGACCGCGCCUCCUCUCCCCUUUGGUAAUAGGAAAGCUGAGCGAACUUGAGAAGUCCACAGCAAAACAGUUUUCUUCACCUCAGGUGUCAAUUUUUAACAAAAAGGAAAAAAAAAUCUCAAAAAAAAAAAAACCAAAAACAAAAACACCAC